AUGAAUAGAUUUUUAGAAUUUAGUAACAACUUUUUAGAAGUUGCAGGAAAUACAAUUAAUAAUAUUUCAAGUAAAUCAAUAACAGAUAAUGUUGGUAAUGUUUGGGGUAACAUUACAGGUGGACGUGUUGGACAAGUCUAUGAUAUCAAUGGUAGAAGAGUAACAGAAGUUAAAUUAGUAGCAGAAGGUGGCUUUGGUUUCGUUUAUUUAGUACGUGAUGACUAUAAUAAUAUGUAUGCUUUAAAAAGAAUGUUCAUUCAAGAAAGAGAAAGAUUAGAAGCAAUGAAAAAUGAAAUUGAUGUUAUGCAAAAAUUAAGAAAUAAUCCAAAUAUUGUAAAAUUAGAAGGUUUUAAAAUUAAUGAAAAUAGAAAUACAAGAGAAACUGAAGUUUUAAUGUUAAUGGAAUAUUGUAGUGGUGGUAGUGUAUUGGAUAUAAUGAAUGCAAGAGGAGAGUUUACAAGAUUGGAGGAGAGAGAGAUUUUAGCUAUAUUUUCCGAUGUUUGUAAUGGUGUUUUGGCAAUGCACCAACAACAACCACCCAUAGCUCAUAGAGAUUUAAAGAUUGAAAAUGUUUUAUAUUGUGAGCAUUCGAAUCGAUACAAGUUGUGUGAUUUCGGUAGUAGCACUAUCAAAACAUUCAACACCGCCACUGAGAGAGGUAAAGCAGAGGACGAUAUCAAUAUGUUUACCACACUAUUCUAUAGGGCACCUGAAAUGGUGGAUUUGUAUCGUGGCCAAAUCAUCGAUGAGAAAGUUGACGUUUGGGCAUUAGGUUGUUUACUCUUCAAAAUGGCUUUCUAUGUAGACCCUUUCGAUGGUGGUUCACUUCAAAUCAUUAACAAUAACUAUAAAAUUCCUGACAAUUCAAAGUAUUCAAAUAAUUUCCACAAAUUAAUUCAAUUCAUCUUGGUUGCUGAUCCAACUCAACGUCCAUCAAUUAAUGAUCUUUUAAAUUAUUUAAAUGAGAUUAGAGGUUCUUCAAGAAGAGGUUUACAAACUUUUUCUUCAAAUAAUAAUAAUAGUAAUAAUAAUAGUAAUAAUAAUAGUAAUAAUAAUAGUAAUAAUAAUAGUGUUAAUAAUAGUAGUAACAGUAUUAAUAGACCAAUUAGAACUAGUUCAUCUUCAAAUUCAACUCCAAAUUUUAAUUCUCCAAAUACCAAUAACAACAAUUACAACAAUAAUAAUAAUAAUAGUAAAAAUUAUGGAAAUACACCAAACUCAACACCACCAAAUGCAAAGAAAAAUAUCUUUGAUAUUUUAGGUGAUGAUACUACUUCUUCAACAUCAAACUCAAAUAAUUCACCUUCAGUUUCUAGAAAUAAUAUCAACAACAAUAGUAAUAAUUUUAAUAAUAAUAAUAAUAAUAAUAAUAAUAAUAAUAAUAAUAAUAAUAAUAAUAAUAAUAAUAAUAAUAAUAAUAAUACUAAUAAUAAUAAUAGUAAUAAUAAUAAUUAUAAUAAUAAUAAUAAUAAAUUUGAUGAAUUCGAAUCUUGGGGUAAUACACCACUUCAACAUCCAUCGCCAUCAAAUUCAAACUCAAAUGUAAUAAUAAAUAAUACAAAUAGUAGUGGUAAGAAUAAUCAAAAUAAAUCAAAUAGUGGAAAUGGUAACUUUUUUGAUAAUGAUUUUGAAUUUGAAGGUUUUGUUUCACCAACAACUAAUGGUUCCACAAAUUUUGAAGUAAACACUACCAACACCAAUGUAUCAUUAAAUUCAUCAACACAUUCAUCCUCUUCAUUCAAUAAUAGUAGUAAUAAUAAUAACACUAAUAAUAGUAGUGUUAGUGUUGGUAGUAGUAUCAAUAAUAGUGGAACUCGUCUAAUGAAUAAUAGUAGUGGUAGUUUGCCACAAUCAAGACAAUCAAGUUUUAAUUCAACACCACAACAACAACAACAACAAUUUAAUAGUAGUACAAAUAGCGGCAGUUAUAAUAAUUUAACAUCAUCUUUUAAUAACUUAAAUAUAUCUACAUCUUCAUCAGCAUCAAUCUCUUCUUCAGGUGGUGUUAGUAAUAAUAGUGAUAAUUCUUGGAAUGUAACAUUAACACCUUCACAAUCAAAUAAAAACUCCACUGGAAAUUUAAAGCCUUUAAACAACAACAACAAUAACAACAAUAAUAAUAAUAAUAGAUUCGCCAAUAAUACCAAUUCAUCAAGAGAUUAUAGCUUUGAUUUCAGCUCACCAAAUACCAGUAAUAAUAAUGAUUUUGGUUCAUUUGUUCAACCAUCUUCAUCAUCAAGCUUAAACACAACACAUUUCUCAAAACCAAAUUACAAUGUUAAUUUAAAUCAAACAACUUCAAUGACAAAUAAUUAUAAUAAUAAUAAUUAUAACAAUAAUAAUAAUAGUAAUAAUAAUAAUAAUAAUUCAAAAGUAUUCGACUUUGGUAUCCUUUGA